CCCCGCCCGCCCGGGAUACCGGCGCGGCUGGCGGGGGCGUAGAGGCACUAUCCGCCCGCCUCGCCUGCUCUACUCUCGGCGAGCCCGCUCGCUCCAGAGGGCACGUCCUCGGCGGCGGCCCGGCAGCGGGGCCGGCCCCGGCCACCGCCCGCCCCGGGACGGCUGCGCCCGCCGUCGGGCCAGAGGGGGGGAAAAUGAACCCCGCGGCCGCGGCCCCGCCGCCGGGGCAGCAGGUAAUCCACGUCACGCAGGACCUGGACACGGAGUUGGAGGCGCUGUUCAACGCGGUGAUGAACCCCAGGCCCAGCUCCUGGCGGAAGAAGAUCCUGCCCGAGUCCUUCUUCAGAGAACCCGACUCGGGCUCGCACUCGCGGCAGUCCAGCACGGAUUCGGGCGGGCCCCCGCCGCGCCUCGCGCCCGUGCACGUCCGGUCGCACUCCUCGCCCGCCUCGCUGCCCGGCGCGGGCGCGGCGCCGCAGCACGGGCACCUCCGGCAGCGCUCCUGCGAUGUGACGGACGAGCGGCCGCUGCCGCCGGGCUGGGAGAUGGCGCUCACGCAGACCGGGCAGCGCUACUUCCUCAAUCACAUAGAAAAAAUUACAACAUGGCAAGAUCCUCGAAAACCUAUGAACCAGCCGCUGAAUCAUGUUAGCCACCAUCCUCCAGCCGCGUCCACACCGCAGAGGUCCAUGGCAACGUCUCAGCCAAAUCUCAUCAUGAAUGCCCAGCCCCAGCUGCCCCCCAACAUAGCCCUGCCGCAGCAGAGCCGCCCCCCGCAGCCCCCUGCACUGCUGACCCUGCCCAGCUCAUUGACCACGCAGCAGCAGCAGCAGAAGCUGAGGCUCCAGAGAAUCCAGAUGGAGAGGGAGCGAAUUCGGAUGCGUCAGGAGGAGUUACUGCGACAGGAAGCUGCUCUAUGCAGACAACUUCCUAUGGACUCAGAAAACAUGGUCCCAGUUCAGACAGCUGUGAACACUCCUGCCAUGACACAGGACAUGAGGCCUGUUACAAAUAAUGGAUCUGAUCCUUUCUUGAACAGUGGGCCGUACCACUCUAGGGAACAGAGUACAGACAGUGGCUUGGGAUUAGGAUGCUACAGUAUACCAACGACACCUGAAGAUUUCCUCAGCAACGUAGAUGAGAUGGAUACAGGAGAAAGUAUAACACAGACAACAAUGAAUAUAAAUCCACAACAAACACGUUUCCCUGAUUUCCUCGACUGUCUUCCAGGGACAAAUGUUGAUCUUGGGACUCUAGAGUCAGAAGACUUGAUCCCUAUUCUCAACGACGUGGAGUCAGUACUUAACAAAAAUGAGCCCUUCCUUACCUGGCUGUAAUCAAGCAAUGCUUAUUGGGCCUACAGUGCAAUGCAGAUUUCUUUUUCCUCUUGAGAUAGACACAGAAUAUCUGAAUAUCCUCAAGAGAUACAACAUACUGCCUUAUUGACUUUUGUUACAUCAUCUUUAUGGUCAUUUUAAUAUCUGUCUGGAUUUGAUUGAUACUAAUUUAAAUAUAAAAUACAUGCAUAUAUAUUUCUUUAAAAAAACCCACACUACUUUACGCAUCUGUGUACUUUUUUACCUUUUCAAACCAGGCAGAAAUGCUUCACUUUUAGGACAUCCCUGACUGAUCUCCUGGGUACUGAUUGAUACCACAGACCCUUUGUGAAUCAGAAAAGCUAACUACUGGGUCACUUGGUUCAAAAAAGGUGCAAAGCGUCUGGACAUGAGAGCAGUUUUAUUAUUAUGUUUAUGACAAUAGUAUCAGAAGCUUUUUUUUAUCAACUUACUUAAGCCUUAAAAUCUUUUUUAGUUCUUAGUAACUAACUGUUCUGUAUGGAAUACAGUUUAAGUCUGAUCCAUAUCAAGCAUAAUAAUUCCCAUGAUAUAUUUUAAAGGCACAAACAAUACUAUAGCAGUUUCUUUUUUUAAGUAUAUUACUGUAUAGUUUUCAGAAAAUAAUUACUUCCAAUCUCAAAGUACCAGAAUUGUUUAGCAACAUUUUUACACUACAAUAUUGUUACAAAAUAAACCAGGCUGGUACUGACUGUUGUGUUUUAAAAACAAAGUAAUGUAUUAUAAACAAGCAUUUUUAAAAAAUUCUUAGAUAUUUUUUAGUUUGUUAUAUUAAGCACUGCAGUUUUGUAACUUUAACACAUGAACAAGCAAUUUUUUAUAUAUAAAAAAAUCUGUGGCAAGAAUCUUAAGUGCAAAAAUACUCUUUUAAAAUCAGUUCUGGAAAAUGUGGCACAACUUGUUAAUCUCAUACCUAGGGGGAAAAACCUUCCUAAUACUGUUUUCAGUAAUGUUUUUAACUGACAAUGUCAAAAUACAUGUAGUCGUAUACAUGAAAAAAAACCAGAAACUUUAUCAGGGCACUGCUAAAGCAGCAUUGGGACUUACCUGGUAAAGCUGCUUAGUUUUUAUGUCUUUCACUUACCAUAAUUGGUGCACACGACAUGGGGCACGUGCUGUGUGUUUUUACCUGUUAUAUAUCCUACAAAACUUCCUUAUCAGAGGUUUGGGACUGAGAAGGCAUCAAGGAUGUUAAGCCUACAGUUCCCCUGAAAUGCAGAUGAAGUCCUGAAAAUUCUUAAAUAUUUUGAAAUUAUCUUAUUUAUAAUUAAUGGAUUUAAGCAUUUUACAUUGAAAAAUAGGUAUUUUUAUGAAAGGCAUUAUAACUAUUCUCUAAGCUUAAUCCAGGUUAUGUAAAGAGAAGAAGAGAUGUAGCACUAAGUGUAAAUGUGUGUUUGCCAGGUCUGAUAACACUUAACAAGAUCUUACUGAUGCAUCAGAGUAUUGACCCCCUAAACACUUUUUUCCAUCUGGUUGGGUGAAGGUAGGUGAAAAGGUCAGAGAUGAAGUGGUGGGAAUACAGAGUAGGUUUGGAAGACAAAUGAUGAGGUAGUAAAUGUAGAUCCUUGCUGUGAAGGAUGGCUGCAGGCAGGGAUAAAUAGCAAAUGAAUCUCCAGUGUUCAGUGAAAAACAUAACAGAAGCACUCAAUAUAGUAAAUGACCAUGUUCAUGAUGAACUGCUAAGUGUACAUGGUGUCACAGGAUGGAAAAUAAAAAGCACACACACUGAAAUUUUGAAAAAAUAGAUGUUAGGCAAAGGCCUACGGUUGUGAAGUUUUAUUACAUAGUGAAAAGUAGCUUUUUACAAAUGUUUUUUGGGGUUUUUUUUAUAGAAGAAGGGAUGUAACAGCAGAGUUGUGUCUGCACAGAAUUUAAUUGCUGAAUGGGCAUUGUGUUUCUUCUAUUCUCUCAAGGGGUUGUUAGUGUUGUUGGGUUUUUUUUAAACUGUUUUUGCUAGUUUUGCUAACUGUUGAGAUAGCAUAAAUUUCUUUUCAAUAAACAGGGGACCGGGCAGGGCUGAUCAAUAUUACUGUGAUUAGGUUUAAUCUCUCUCUUUUGAAGAUUUAUUCAGGUUGUCAGCCUGAAUGAAAAACAGAUGGUCCUAAGGCUUUGUUCUUUAGUGCCAUGACUGAUGUUGGUGAAGAAUUGGAGAUUUUCUGGCCAACCUGCAAGGCCAGGUCACCAACACUGCUCAAUUGGCAUAAGGAGCCGACAGCCAUUGGUGCUGGAAUGAUCCCUCAGCAGCUGUGGAUGUGAGUGCUGGUGUGAUCCAGGUGACAGUGCGCAUCAACAUGUUAUGUUUAGAGAAUGCAGUUUGUUCAUUUGCUAGUAACUCUGCACCAUUGAACAUGUAAGUUUGUCAGAAGAUUGGGCUUGCAGCUGCUGUCAGUUAGCUACUGCUGAUUCCUGCCCAGCCACAUGCAUUGUUGUCAGCCAAAGGCUGUUCUUCGUACCCGGAAAACUAAUGCAACUUUUAGUGAAAUCACAUCAGGUAUUUAUCAGAAUUGUGAAGCUGCAAGCUUGAUUCCUUUUUUAUUUGUGUUUCUGGUUGAGUGUCUUGAUUGAGUCUCUUGGUGCAAAGACCUUAAAAGGGUAAAGCAAUCAUAAACUGUGUUUCCAUGUUACCUUCAUAGUAAACCAGCAACAGAUCUGAAACAGGAGGGUGUUUUGCAGAGCAACACUCCAGGGUGAAACAGCUGCCAGAAUCUCUUGGAUUAGAUCUACUUUACUCAGUCAUGAAACAAAUAAUGAUUAAAUUAAAAGUGGUUCUUUACACUGUCAGCUUUUAAUUUUUGUUAUGGAGAGGAUGUAUCAGAUGAAAUGUAAUGACAAUAAAAUCUGGUUUUCGAAGUUAUCUUUUUAAAAAAGUUUCUGGCUUUAAACAGGCUUAUGGCAGAACUUUUCAGUAUUCAAAGCAUAUGUAAUACGAAAAUAAACUUAUUGCUGACAAUAUUUCACUGUACUAUUUCAGGUUUUGAGCAUUUACUGUACUAAAUUGUACACUGUCUACUUGUCAUAUAAAUACAACCAGUGUGCCAGCUGGACAAUUUUGCUGUGACCAUCCCUGAGGGGGCAUAUGUAAGUCUUGAUGAUACAGAUGUAAUGGGACAUUGUUAAUUACAGUUUGUAUUCUGGUAAUACUGUUAGAACGUAACUUGGGGAGGGAUUGGGUUUGACUUUUUGACAACAAAUGCUGUUUGGGGGAAAGAAAGGAUUUAAAUGUAUAUUUUAAUUACAGAAAAAUAUGGGUGGUUGUCCAAAUAAACUUGUUUCCUAAUACAUA